UAAACCCGGGACUGGACCGAGCGGAGUUGCGCGUGUCGCCGAAGUGGGGUGGGCCGCGGGAGGGGAGGUUCGUUCCGUGGAGCGCAGCCAGAACCGGGGCUAGGAAUCACCUUCGGGCCAAUCUUCAGGUGAAGCGGUGGCAGAAAUUAAGGAAAACAUCUCCAUUGGUCUUUGGCAUGGAUAAAUGUUCAGUGAGAGGAUUAGAAUUGACUGAACAGACUCCUACUUUAUUAGGGAGUACAGCCAUGGCAGCUAGUCUCAUGGACAUAGGAAGUUCAUUUGGUGAUCCAGCUAGUCCUUUAGUCAGUAGAUCUAAAAAUUCAUCAGUGGAAGAUGAUGAUGAUGAUGAUGUUGUAUUUAUUGAAUCUGUUCAACCUCCUUCAACUUCUGCUCCAGCAAUAGCUGAUCAAAGCAACCUUAUAUUUGCAUCAUCAAAAAAUGAAAAGCCACAAGGAAGUUAUUCCAUAAUUCUUCCUCCCUCAAGAGAUUUGGCUUCUCAGAAGGGAAAUAUAAGUGAGACGAUUGUUAUUGAUGAUGAAGAGGACAUAGAAACAAAUGGAGGGGAGGAGAAAAAUUCCUCCGGUUUUAUUGAAUGGGGACUUCCUGGAACUAAAAACAGAACCAUAGAUUUGGAUUUCUCCACUUCCAGUCUUUCAAGAAGUAAGACCAAGACUGGAGUAAGACCUUUUAAUCCUGGUAGCAUGAAUGUGGCAGGAGACAUAUUUCAGAAUGGAGAAUCUGCAACUCAUCAUAAUCCUGAUUCUUGGAUUUCCCAGUCAGCAUCAUUUCCCCAUAAUCAGAAACAACCCGGGGUUGUUUCUUUAUCACCAGUCGCCUUACUUCCUAAACAGAAUUUCCAGCCUUCAGCACAACAGCAACUUAGUAAACCAGCCAAAAUCACUUGUGCAAACUGCAAAAAGCCUUUACAGAAGGGACAGACAGCUUAUCAACGGAAAGGAUCAGCUCACCUCUUUUGUUCUACCACCUGCCUUUCUUCCUUCUCUCAUAAACAUACUCCAAAGACACCAAGGGUAAUGUGUAAAAAAGAUGCACCUACAAAGAAGGCUACUGUUGUUCCUCCAGUGGAGUCAAGCAAAUCUUUCCAAGAAUUUUGUAAUACAUCUUGUUUGUCUCCCUGUGAAGACAACCAGAAUCUUAGAAAAGAACUUUUUAAUAAGUCAAGAUGUACAAUUUGUAGUAAAUUAACAGAGAUUCGCCAUGAAGUCAGCGUUAAUAAUGUAACACAUAAACUAUGCAGUAACCAUUGCUUUAAUAAGUACAGAUUGGCCAAUGGUUUAGUAAUGAACUGCUGUGAACAGUGUGGAGAGUACAUGCCUAGUAAAAGUACUAGAAACAUCCUGAUGAUUGGAAGUCAGCAAAAGAGAUUUUGCUGCCAAAGCUGCAUUAAUGAAUAUAAACAGAUGAUGGAAACAAAGUCAAAAAAAUUAUCACCAUCAGAAAACAGAAAAAGGAAUGCUGUUAGAGAAGAAAAUGAAAGAAAAUCAUAUGGAUCAUUGAAUACACUUUUGGGAAAAACAGAGAGAAUACCAGAAAAAAAGGAAAAGACUUCAGAGCUACAAGUUCCAGCAGAAUGUAGCACAGAUACAUUACUGGUCAAACAGGAUGUGAAUUUACCUUCUUCUUCCAUGUCAACCAUAGCUGAUAUAUUUCAAGAGCAACUGGAACAGAGAAAAUUGGAAGACUCCAUUAUUCCAGUUGUGCUUUCUCCAGAUCCAGGUACAUGGCCCCGAAUUUUGAAUAUUAAACAGUGGUACACUCUUAUUGAAAAUGAUCCACCUCAAGUAAGAAAUUUUAACUUUCCAAAAGACAAUACAGGGAGGAAGUUUUCAGAAACAUAUUAUACACGAAUACUUCCAAAUGGUGAAAAAACUACUAGAUCCUGGUUACUUUAUUCAACCUCAAAAGAUUCUGUGUUUUGUCUAUUUUGCAAACUUUUUGGGGAAGGAAAAAGCCAACUGAAAAAUGAGAAUGGGUGCAGAGAUUGGCAGCAUUUAUCACAUAUUCUUAGUAAACAUGAAGAAAGUGAAAUGCACAUCAACAAUAGUGUUAAGUAUUCAAAAUUAAAAUCUGAUUUGGAAGAAAAAACUGUUGAAGCUGCAGAACACAAACCAUAUGAAGAUGAGAAAAAUAAUAGUGUGCUAUUGUUGUACACAUAACAUACCUGAUUUGUUUUCUGAAAUGACAGGGUCUUACAUUACUCAGAAAAGAUCUGUACCAUAACAGUCAGUACCCUUGUGUUGUGAGUCUCCCAUGUAGAGUAACUUGCAACAGUUCAUUAGCAAUAAGUGUAUUAGCAAAUAAAUAGUAAAGAAUGUUUCUGUUCCAAAUCUGAAACUAAUUGGAUUCAAUAGUAAUUAAUGCAAAUUUUAGUAAAGGCAAUUUUAAAUUUUCUCAACCUAUCAAUUCACACAUUUUUAAAAUUGGCAUUUGAGGACUGCCAUUUGACAGGUUUGGUUAAUACUCUAUUCUGAUUACCUUGAAAGGAGGAGGAAAGACUUGAAUUUAUGAAUACUAUUUGAAUAAGAUAUUUAUGUAUACAAGCAUUCUCAACAUAUUAAAGUAAAAACACUCAAAACAGUUUACAGAAUAGGAUUUGCAACUGUAGCUUUUGCUAUUAAACCAAAUACUUGUGAUUUAUUUCUUUUGAGCAAAACAGUUUUAUUUGAGCAAAC